AUGAAUUUAGCACAAUCUUCAAUAAUUACUACUAAUAUUGGUACGACUCCAGUUGCGGAAGUCAGGUUGAUCAAGCCAGUUAAAGUGAGGUUCCCGAAGCGAAAACCAUCCGUGGUGAUUAUAGAGAAGCAGAAAGUGUACAUAACAGCUGACAAAACCACUUGUGCAGAAUGUUCUUGCUUCCCGAAGGAUUCACCUUAUAUGAAACCACCAAAACUGAGACGAUGUCAAGUAAGCCCUCUGACGUUGUACGAACUGGCUGCCGACGUCGUGGACAGUCUCCCGCUGCCUGAGGCUCUCCAAUGGUCUGAAGACGAUGUAGCGAAAUGGAUGGAGGAGGUGGUUGGACUACCACAGUACAAGGACAGUCUAAUUGAUAACCACAUAAAUGGUUUCCGUUUAAUUUGGCUUGAAAAUACUUGGAUAUUACAAAUGAUUAAUAUUCGAAUACACGAUCAUGUUAAGGCCAUUAUUAGUCAAGUAAGAAAAUUGUAUUCGCUAGAUUUCAUCAAGUUCUCUCGAAGCAUUGGUUUGCCUCCACGGAAACCUUUAACUCAUUGCACUUGGUUCAAGUCGAGGACUGGACCCAGUUGGGGGAUCAGACAGAACUGGAAGAGAUCCGAUAUAUUAAGAUGGAUGAAGAUUAUAGGUCCCGCACCAGUACAUAGAGAUCAUUGGGAUUUGGUAUGGUAUCAAAAGCCAGAUUUCCCCAAAACGCUGUUUGGCAGGAUACCACCAGCUCAUGAACGCGAAAAAUUACCCCAGUAUCCACCGCCUGUAGAACCAACUACUGAGUAUCAAGUCCCGAGAAAAUUCCCCAUCACGCCAACGGACGAGGUACAUCUAAUCUGGAUGGAACACCGACCUGACUCUCCCGACGUAGCAGAAUUAUUUAAGGACUCUGAAAAAGACGGCAGUGCUAUAGGACCUGUGAGAAAAACUCUAAUGCCGAAGAAAAUUCGUUUAAAAGGUCUGACAGGGAAGGAUCUGCUUCUGGCCAGACGGCUCAUGCCUAAAACGAAGUUUUUGAAAUAA